AUGGCAGACGCUGAACAGGGUUGCGACCCAAAAGUACAAGUCAAGGAGACUGGACCUCAUGUCCAUACACUGGAGUUACUAUCAACCGAUGCAGAAUUGAAGGGUUCCAAACUUCAGAAAGGCAUCGCGGCAUUUGGCCGAGUAUUCGCUCAAGUGUCUGGAGUGGAGGCUCGAGGAAUUGAACGCGUAGCAGAUGAUGAGCGCCAGCCUCCGGCUCCCAAUACUUACAUCCGCAUCUUUCUUUUGUGGCUGAGCUCUGCAUUGACCGGGAACAACAUUAUCGUGGGACUGUACGGUCCAUCAUUAUAUGGGCUUGAUUGGAACCAGGCCACCAUAUGUGCCACGUUGGGGGUUAUGCUAGGAAGUAUGUGUGUAGGGUAUAUGAGUACUUGGGGUCCCAAAAGUGGGAAUCGCACCCUGGUCGUGACUAGAUACUUCCUUGGAUACUACCUCAGCAAGGUUUGCUGUCUACUCAACAUCCUCACCAUGCUGGGAUAUGGCAUGAUGAACUGCAUUCUCGGGGGCCAGGUCAUCUAUACAGUGUCCGGAGGCCGUACAGCUGUUCCUGUUGGUAUAAUUGUAGUAUCAGCUCUGACUUGGUUCAUCGCCACUCUUGGUGUGCACCUUUUCCAGUUCUAUACUAGAUACGCCUGGAUCAUUCAAGCCCUAACGUUGGCCAUCAUGAUCGGCUCUGCCGGGCCAAGCUUCAUCACCUCACCUCACGUUUCCCCAGAUAUCCCUAGAGCGACCGCCGCGGAUCGGCUUUCAUUUUUCUCUCUUUGCUUCGCCUCAGCCGUUACCUGGGCUCCGGCAAGCGCAGACUACUUCGUUUACUUGCCAACAGCAACCAAAUCAUGGGGAAUGUUCCUCGCCGGUAGCACAGGCACGAGCCUGGCAAUGGCUUUAACAACACUCCUAGGCAUUGGCCUAGCAACAGGGAUUGACACAAAUCAAGCUUGGAUCGAGGCCUCCCUUGCCUCCCCAGGGAGUCUGCUCGCGGCGUCGUUCAGCAACCUGCACGGCUUUGGCCGCCUUUGCGCUGUCAUCCUCCUCCUCGGCACAGUCUCCAACAAUAUCCCAUGCACAUACUCCGCGGGUCUCAACCUCCAAAUGCUGGGCCGCUACGGCCCACGCAUCCCGCGGCCUCUCCUGACUACAUUCGAAGUCGUGAUCUACACCGUCUGCGCAAUUGUCGCUCGCGAGUAUCUUCGCGAGAUCAUGGAGAACUUUCUCCCGCUCAUGUCUUACUGGAUUGUGGCAUGGCUGGCAGUUUGUCUAGAAGAGGCGUGGAUUUUUCGUCGAGGUCACAGCUAUGACUGGACGAUUUGGAAUAAUCCACAUCGGUUGCCGAUGGGUCUUGCUGCCGGGGCCAGCUUUGUAUUCGGGCUUUUGGGUGCCGUCCUUGGAAUGUCUCAGUCAUACUUUGUCGGGCCGAUUGCCAAAGCCUUGCCUCAGAAUUGUGAUCUGGGUAUGUGGCUUGCAUUUGGCUUUACUGCGGUGGUGUAUCCAGCUUUUCGAUGUGUCGAGUUACGUGUUGUGGGACGGUGA